AUGUCACAGAGUGGCGAGGCCUUUGAAAGAGGAGGAAGGAUAACGAGCGGAUAUUCGGCUCCUAGAUCGACGCACGAGACUUAUCAUCCGGGAGGCUACGGUGUUUCGGAAGGACUAAGGAGGGCAAGAAGACCUUACGCCGUCAAAAAUGCGCUCACAGGAUCUGCCAUCAUGGCUUUUGCUGUCGGGUAAGUUGGUGGGAGGUCGACAUUGCGAAGCAGACACUCCGCGAUGCUGGAAUCCAUCGGCUGCCGAAGCUUGGUUGGAGCUGGUAUGCCAAGCGGGUAGUCGCAGCUACUUGCUUAGGCAACUGCAGCUCGUAAAUGCGCUCCAAAGCCGGCUGGUCAUUCUGCUGAAUCGGCCUUGAACCUCAUCCGCAGAGCUUAUUACUACUCCAUCAGGCAGGUACGUCCGCACACACGAUGGUCUCAGCCUCUCAUCUCGUCCUUCAGAGAUACAGACUGACGAGAUUGACGGGUCCUCUCUUUUGGCACAUUCGCAGGUAAAGCCCGAUGACACUUCAUCCGCCUCAUCUUCUUCCCUAGCAUCGAAUACAACCAGCUCCUCCGGCAGCACGAGUCUGUUCGGAGGCGGAGACGACAAUACGCCUUCUCCUGCGGCGAUGCCUAUCGGUCCUUUGGGCUCUUUGAAAGCUUUGCAAGUGUCAAAUCAAAAGGGGCUCGAGGAUUUGCGAGCUGGACCACCUAUCACGGAUGCGCAAAGGGAUGAGCUUAGAGCUCAGAUACUGAUUGCGCAGGGAAGAUUGAACAGCUCGAAUUUAAGGUAG